AUGGACUCUGCUGAAUCCCACGAACUGAAGAAGACCGGGCCAAGACCGGACGGAUGGUUAUCUCUUGGCCGAGGGUUGGACGCGUUGGGAAGGGUUUCUCCCUAUGCACUCCAGAUUCUUCUGCUUAACAUCAACAUUGACAAGAACACAGAGAAAGAUUUGCAGAUAGUUGCGGAAGAAACAUCACCAUUGUUGGCAGAGGAGAAAUUAGAAAUUAUAGAUUACACAAGCCACAUAGAUUUGUCCAAAGAGCCAGGCCAUUAUGUGAUAUUCUGGGAAAUCAGUGGAGAAGCAAGUGAAGAAGUGCUUGGUGGAUGCUGCAACUGCAUGGACAAGUCUUUUGUUGAUGCUGGCUACACCAAUUCUCGCAAAGUCAACUGCAUUGGUGCCCUUGAACUCCGACUUGUGAGGAGAGGAACAUUCCAGAAGAUUCUUGACCAUUACGUGGCACUUGGAUCUGUUGCAAAUCAGUUCAAGACACCAAGAUACAUAGGCCUUACAAACACCAGAGUGUUGCAAAUAUUGAAUGAAAAUGUUGUCAAGAACUAUCUCAGUACUGCCUUCAAUUGAAUAAUAUUAAU